AUGGUUAGUACAAGACAAAACGUUUACCUUCGUUUGAUUACUUUUUAUUGUCACCUAUUAGAGCAAUGCAGUGGCAAAUAUCGUAAACGUAAGGAUUGCUUGGAGAGACCACGUAAAGUUCUUGCAAGGUAUGCGAAUUCUUUAGUCGUUCACGAUGAACAUAUUGUGCAAGAUGAAGCCGUAAAUUAUGAUGAGAAAAGAGAUCGUUGGAGUAGUUAUGAUCCCGCCAAUCAUCGCGAAAUUAUAGAAGAAUAUGAGAAGGUGGAAGAAGCUGAACGGCAAUUAAAAGCCGAAAAAUUAAAGAAUGAUCCUGAUGCGGAAAUAUCUGAUGAUGAUGGGAACGAGGAUAAAUAUGUUGACGAAGUGGACAUGCCAAGAACUAAAGUGGAUUCAAAACAACGUAUUACAGUGCGCAACUGACGUAUACGUGAAGAUACCGCCAAGUACCUCCGUAACUUGGAUCCUAAUUCGGCCUAUUAUGAUCCCAAAACCAGAUCCAUGCGGGACAAUCCAAAUCCACAAGUACCAGCAGAAGAGUCAGAGUUUGACAGUGAAAAUUUUGUUCGCUUUACCGGAGACACCACAAAACACGCUGGUGCUCAAUUGUUCGCAUGGGAGGCUCAUGGUAAGGGGGUCGAUGUUGAUUUAUUGGCUGAGCCUACUAAGCUGGAGCUGUUACAAAAGGAAUACGAGAAAAAGAAGGAACAAUUCAAACCAAGUACGAAGGAACAUAUUGUGGAAAAGUAUGGCGGUGAAGAA